AAAUUGCACAUUUUUUCAUGUUCAUAACCUACAAUGAAUUUAAUUUCUUUGUGAAAGAUUGCUUUUAAUUUUCAUUAUUCAUUUCUCUUAUUUGUUUAAUAAUGAAUCUAGAACAAUUUUUUUACUGGAAAGUGUGGGUGCUUUCUAUAUUUUACGCACUUGUACAAUUUAAUCAGGCUUGCAAAGAGAAUUUAUACAGUAUAAGCCCCGAUGAUUUCGCUACGGGUUGGCCAAUCUUACAGCGUAUGAAGGAUAAUUCUGACUUAGAAUGGAACGUUUUGACGCUAGCACUAAAAAAAUAUUGGCUCAUUCUAGCAGUUCAAGUUUUUCUCUCUCAAGCAGUAUCCAAAAUAAAUAUACGAGCUUUACCAAUUUUUUAUACUAUCUAUUCAAUGAUAUGUUUACCUGCUAUGAUUGGAUUACCUGGUACAGUUUUGUACAUAUUAUAUACUUUUCUUAUGUAUCUAGCGCAUAAAACCGGGAAAAAAAGCAUCUGCUAUAUAUUGACAUUAUGCACUUUACCGCUGUUACAUAAUACCCAUUUUUUGAAGUUAAAAGAAUCAUUUAUUAAAGAAGAAACUCAAUCAUUCUUAUUUGAUGUGGGACUAGCUUGGCUUCUUGCCAAAUGUUUAAGCUUUUCUAUUGAUAGCAUUAAUUCUGGAGCAUAUUUAAAAUCAAGUUUUAAAGAAAUGCCUAAUGUGAUAUCCUACUGUUUAUACUUCCCUACGAUAUUUACUGGCCCAAUUUUAUCAUUUGAGUUAUUUUACAGUGAAAUGUACAUAAGAGCAUCCUCUAAAAACUUCGGCUAUAGCUUACGCCGACUGUUAUAUAUUACUUUCUGGUACUUUGUCUAUGAAUUUUUAAUGCACUUUUUUUAUUCAUCCGCAAUUCAAUUUUAUCCUGAUGUCGUUUCGAGUUUCAACGGUUGGGCCUUUUGCGGAUUUGGAUACGCCCUGCCAAUGAUGUUUUAUUUAAAAUAUUAUGUUAUUUAUGGUUUUGCUGGAAGUGUUGCCAGUUUAGAAGGAUUUAAUUUUCCACCUCCUCCUAAAUGCAUCAGCGCUAUUCACACAUCAUCUUUUUUGUGGAGGUAUUUUGACCGUGGACUUUACCUAUGGAUUUUGAAAUACUUGUAUUAUCCUCUAUUGCAGGGGAGGUAUACCACCAUAAGAAAAUUGCUGGCUCUUUGUGUUUGUUUUUUCUUUGUAUGUCUUUGGCAUGGCAUGGAUAAGGCUGUCAGUACGUGGUGUGUUAUGAAUUUCUUUCUCGUAUCAACCGAACGCAUUCUUAACCGCCUAUUCGAGCGAAGUUUUAUCAGAGGGUCAAAGUUUUGUAUGCAAAUUAAAGCAUUGCUGUCUACGCCUCAUUUUGUCUUGAUGUGCUUGUCUUGUACAUUUUUUCUUUCAAAUUGGGACAUAGGUAUCUUAUUUAUGAGAAGAAUAUUAUUUGGUGGAUUGCUACCUCUUUUACCAUUAGCUUGCAUAAUGUACUGUGGAUGUCAUGUAUCCAUGAUAUCUAAACGUUGGCAAACAAGGAUAUAGAUUUGGAAAAUAAUGACUCAUUUGUAAUAACAAAAAAAACUUUUACAGAUUUUAACUGCAAUCAAGAAGUGUGAAAUUAAUUGUGUGCAUAAAAGUUAAUGUGAUAUUUUUGUAAAUUUUUAUGAUGAGAAACAAUUUAUGCAUGCAAAUAUUAGUGUAGAUUAAUAUGUAAACAUCAUUAAUUUACUGUUAAUUUCCAGAAAUACCUAAAGAGUCAUGACAAAA